GUAACAUGUUAGACUGACUCAUACGAACACGAACGUCCUUCACGGAAAAGGAAAUUUUUUCAGAAAUAUCUUGAAAACAUGACGACUUUUAAAUAUAUGAAGAUGCUGCACCUGUCUAACUGUGUUUUGAUGCCAAUGCUGCUGAUGAUCGCUGAUGGCAUUACAGUGAAAGGUCUCUCUGAUCCUUUGGUUGUUCCUCUGGGAGGUUCAGUGGUUUUGCCUUGUUAUGUCGACAAACCCUUAACAAUGGAGGAUCUGGAGGUGGAUUGGAGAAGAUCAGACUCAGAGACUCUGGUUCAUCUGUAUCAAGAUGGUGAGAGUCGACCAGAGGUCCAGCAGCAGGAUUAUCAUGAUAGAGCUCAUUUCUUUACUGACCAGAUUCAACACGGAAACUUCUCCCUCCUGUUGAACAAUGUGACAGCUGAAGAUGAGGGAGAAUACAGAUGUACAGUUUUCAGUGGGCAGGAUUCUGGUGCAACUGAGGUCGAAAUAAAACAUGUUGAGCGUUUGAUAGUCUCGGGAUCAGAUCACUCCAUAUCUGCGUAUGCGGGUGAAGACGUCACUCUGAACUGCUCUGUGGACUCUCACAUCACACCUGAAGAGAUUGAAGAGCUUUCAUGGAAGAAAACAGAUAAAGAUGGAGAUAUUCUGGUCCUGCUCUACCAAAACAAUGAACCUUUACCCGAAUCAUCACAUGAGCAAUACAGAGACAGAGUUGAGUUCUUCACUGAUGAAAUCUCCAAAGGAAACUUCUCUCUCAGACUGAAGAGUGUCAGAACUGAAGAUAAAGGAGUUUAUAUGUGUCAAGUGUUUGCUGGAGGAGUUUCAGCCAACACAACUGUAGAACUGGAACAACUGGGUUUCUCUGCUUUACACAUAAUGGUGCUGAUUCUUUGUUUUACUGCAUCUGGAUCUGCACUUCUGCUCUGCGGUCUGAUUUACUGCACAUCACAACAUGCAAAUGCCGCUACAACGAAACCUGUGAGGGCUCUUGAGUAUUUUCAUGUGUCUCUUCCAAACAUUGCUAUGUUCUUGGCUUUUGUAUUCUGGGGUGUUACUGAAGGAUCUUUCUAUGAGAGUAUCUGCUGCUGUACUCUUUUUAUUCUGAGGCCUCUGAUGUUGAUUAGUUUUGCUCCAUAUUUAAAGGACAUAUCAGAUGCCAUUCUUCACAUUAAAUUUGCCAUUUUUGAGUUAGUUUAUUAUUCAGUUCUUUUCAGACGUUUUUGGGAAUAUCUUGUACAUUAUUCAUGGGUUGACAGAUCUCUGGCAAUAGUCACGUGUGGAUUAAGUAUGCUGCUCUUUUUCAUCUACAUCAUUUCUCGCUUGAUGAAAAGACGGGAUCUGGAUAUCGGGAUAUCUCAUGGAGAGAUGUGUGAAUGGAUAUGGGAUAAAUUAACAGAUGUCGCUGUAUUCACCUUUCAUAUAACCUCUUCAAUACAUUUCAUACUCAUGUUCUACAUAUUUGGAGUUCCCAAAAAUG